CGCCGCCGGCCGGGAGGCCUCCGCGCACCAUGUCGGACUGCGAGGGACUGCCCGUGGAUGACAGUGCCUCUGCUGCAAGCAGUAUGGAGGUGACGGAUCGCAUUGCUUCUCUGGAGCAGCGUGUGCAGAUGCAGGAGGACGACAUCCAGCUGCUGAAAUCUGCCCUUGCUGAUGUGGUUCGACGCUUGAACAUAACGGAGGAACAACAGGCCAUGCAAAAUAAGAAAGGACCUACCAAAGCAAGACCACUGGUACAAACACUGCCUUUAAGGACUACUGUUAAUAACGGAACUGUGUUACCAAAGAAACCAAGUGGCUCUUUACCUUCCCCAUCAGGAACCAGGAAGGAAACUGUAUCACCAGCAGCAAAAAGGUCUGUGAAUCUUCUCAAUGCAUGCAAACUGAAAAAGCCUGCUCUAAGCACCGUUAAGAGAACCAGCUCAGCUGAGCGUGUGUCGCCGGGAGGCCGGCGGGAAAGCUAUGGGGACUCCAAGGGGAGUCGCAACCGCACGGGAUCCACCAGCAGCUCCUCGAGUGGCAAAAAGAACAGUGAAAGCAAACCCAAGGAACCAAUGUUCAGUGCAGAGGAAGGAUACGUAAAAAUGUUUCUUCGUGGACGUCCUGUUACCAUGUACAUGCCCAAAGAGCAAGUGGAAUCUUACAAUUUGGAAGCAAAAGUAGAACUACCAGCCAAGAGGCUUAAACUGGAAUGGGUCUAUGGAUAUAGGGGUCGGGACUGCCGCAGUAACCUGUAUCUUCUUCCAACGGGUGAAACUGUAUAUUUCAUUGCGUCGGUAGUUGUGUUAUUCAACGUUGAAGAACAGCUUCAGAGACAUUACACUGGCCAUAAUGAUGAUGUAAAGUGCCUAGCUGUCCAUCCUGAUAGAAUCACUAUAGCAACAGGUCAAGUUGCAGGUACAUCCAAAGAUGGAAAACAAUUACCACCACAUGUACGUGUCUGGGAUUCUGUUACUCUGAAUACACUGCAUGUCAUUGGAAUGGGUUUUUUUGACCGAGCUGUCACUUGCAUUGCUUUUUCUAAAUCUAAUGGAGGAAGUAGCCUGUGUUCAGUGGAUGACUCCAAUGACCACGUGCUUUCUGUGUGGGACUGGCAGAAAGAAGAAAAACUGGCAGAUGUCAAGUGCUCUAAUGAGGCUGUAUUUGCUGCAGAUUUUCACCCCACUGACACAAAUAUAAUAGUUACUUGUGGAAAAUCACACCUUUAUUUUUGGACACUAGAAGGCAAUUCCCUCAUUAAAAAGCAAGGAUUAUUUGAGAAACAAGAGAAGCCAAAGUUUGUCCUGUGUGUGACCUUCUCUGAAAAUGGUGAUACUAUUACAGGAGAUUCAAGCGGAAACAUUUUGGUUUGGGGGAAAGGUACCAAUAGAAUAAGCCACGCAGUUCAAGGGGCGCAUGAAGGUGGAAUAUUUGCGCUUUGCAUGCUACGAGAUGGCACCCUAGUAUCCGGAGGUGGAAAAGAUCGAAAACUAAUAUCUUGGAAUGGAAAUUACCAAAAACUUCACAAAACAGAGAUUCCAGAGAAGUUUGGUCCAAUAAGAACAGUAGCAGAGGGAAAAGGUGAUGUUGUGUUAAUAGGAACUACUAGAAACUUUGUUCUCCAGGGAACACUGUCCGGAGACUUUUUUCCAAUUACCCAGGGUCACACUGAUGAGCUUUGGGGACUUGCAGUCCAUUCCUCUAAACCUCAGUUCUUCACUUGUGGACAUGACAAACACAUCACCCUCUGGGAUGCUACUUCUCAUCGUCCUAUUUGGAACAAGAUUAUAGAUGACCCAGCACAGUCUUCGGGUUUUCAUCCUUCAGCAUCCGUCGUGGCAGUAGGGACGCUAACAGGAAGGUGGUUUGUGUUUGACACAGAAACAAAAGACUUGGUCACUGUACACACAGAUGGGAACGAACAGCUGUCUGUAAUGCGUUACUCACCAGAUGGAAACUUCUUAGCGAUAGGUUCCCAUGACAACUGUAUUUAUAUAUACGGUGUAAGUGAAAAUGGAAGAAAGUACACUCGAAUUGGCAAAUGCUCAGGUCAUUCCAGCUUUAUUACCCAUUUGGAUUGGUCUGUUAAUUCACAAUAUCUUGUGUCUAAUUCAGGGGACUAUGAAAUCCUAUAUUGGAUCCCCUCUGCUUGUAAACAAGUAGUGAGUGUUGAAACAACUCGAGAUAUAGAAUGGGCUACUUAUACCUGUACUUUAGGAUUCCAUGUUUUUGGUGUAUGGCCUGAAGGUUCAGAUGGAACAGACAUCAAUGCUGUCUGUCGAUCCCAUGGGAGAAAACUGCUAUCAACAGGGGAUGAUUUUGGCAAAGUACAUCUCUUCUCAUAUCCCUGCUCACAGUUUAGGGCCCCAAGCCAUGUGUACGGUGGACACAGUAGUCAUGUAACUAAUGUAGAUUUUCUCUGUGAAGACACCCAUCUCAUCUCCACAGGCGGAAAAGAUACAAGUAUUAUGCAGUGGCGAGUCAUUUAGAGCAAACAUCAGCGUGAACACACACAGUUGAGUCAACCAUGCACAGAACUUCUGUAUAAACUGUAUAUUUAAAACUUAACAAUAUGUUUGCAGUUUAGCCUGGUCACUGUGAUUUUUGUUUAAAGAAUUUUUACAAACCUCAGGAAAAUUAAGCCCUGUGCUGGUUACCUUACUCAGUCUAGUAUUUUUUUUUUAUUUUGUCACACCUUAAGAAUGUUUGUUUUAUCUUUUGUUGUACAAUAUACAAUGCAGUACAAGUUUAAUAUAAAAAUGUGGCUUGACAGUCUGCAAUACAGUGGUAUCAUCAGAAUGUGACUAUCAUCUUAAAUGUUUUCUAUAAACACAACUAAAAUGGUCACAAAAAUGCCUUUCAAAGACUGUAUAUAUGUGCUUAUUUGUUUCACUAUCUACACUUUGUACUGUAUAUCUACUUAUUUAGAAAAACCUACAGUAACACUGAGGUACUGAAUCGUUUCUGGUGGAAGAUGAUGAAUUGA